AUGAGCGCCGAGUCGGCCGCCCGAGCCAUCACUGCCGGUUUCUCGCAUCAACGCCGGGAAGAUGUGAGGCGCCGUAAUGAACUUUGGGAGCUUCUUGCAUCUACUCUCCUGCGCUUCGAAGACGAUUGCGACAUGGUAGUUGAUCUUCUCGUCGCGAUUCAAUCGCUGCCAUCAACGAGUAGUACGCCCUGGUGGGUGACGGAUCUACAGCCCAGCGACUCCCUGUGUGAACUGCCUUCAUUUGCUAGUAUCUGGCAGUCCUGCUAUGAAUCACUUCGCUGUAAAUGCCACGACGGGGAAGAUGAAAGUUUCUCGACAGACAGGAAUUACUACAGAAGAGCAGGGACGGCAGAAGCAAAGAUGUACCUUAGCGGGAUUCCAGGAAUAACGGAGUUUUGGGCGUACAGAACGAUCAACCUUGUCUGUGUACAGAACGAAGACUUCGAGUUCAUUGUCCAUGAGAUUCACGGUUGGUUGCAGACUGCAGGACCGAAACUGGCGGAAACAUUAGAUUCAAAUCAGAUCAAGUCUUUCGAGAGAGCAGUGAGAGGUCGGCGUGAUAAGAGAUACGAGAUUUCGGUCACCAUGUUUGAGCAUUGGCAGCAUUGGAAGAAGUCUUUUUUGGAGGUCAGUUUUGAUGAGAACUUUUUAUCUUCUGAGGGAAGGGGGUUGGCAAGAGAGUGUCACGAUAUCAUGAAGGCGCAAAACAUCAAGUUACCAUUGUUUGUAUAG